AUGUCUUUCUCGAACUCACUUCAUGCCAACGCGGCACCCAACCAUUUUGAGCGAAUCGCCAAAGUUUUACAAGCAAAACGACGAGCUGGAGAUAAUAGUACUUGUGAUUUAACGAUUCAGUUGAAGGAUGGCUAUGAGAUGGUUCAUUCGAUGGUUGUUUGUGCUCAUUCUUCGGUUAUUUCGGAUAUUCUCGAACGACAACGAGCUCCCUACUCUCACAUCCCGAUGACCGAAUUUGAAGGAUACAGUGUGAAGAAGGUUCUCGAUUGGAUGUAUUCUGGAGACAUCGACAUUCCAGAAUCUUCCAUUGCAGAUGUCCUUGCAGUUGCAUCAUACCUUCGUGUAACAAUCCUGCAAAAUCAAAUCGAACAGAAGAUCAGAAACCACAAUGGAUCACCGAUUUUGGCUCUCAACAUCGCUUCAGUUCGAGCGUUUUCUGUCAUGGACGCCACGAUGAAUGAAUUGGUUUUGGAUUUCUCUGAAAAAGUGAAUGGAUUGAGCAGUAAGGAGAUUUCAAAGCUAACCGCCAACUCGGUUAUCGCCUUGAUGGCUUCGGUUCUCCCAAUGAAGAAGAAGAUUCCACUAAUCAAUAUGUUCAUUUCAUGGAUUAAAUCGAAUCAACCAGAGAAGGAAACCAUUAAUACCAUUCUUCAAUCUCUAGUGAUCAGUGACAUUACCUUUGACUCUCUCUACCUCAUUCGAUCCUCUUUGAAACGAAAUUUGCCAAAUAAGGAAGCGGCGGCCAAGUCCUAUUUGUCAGUUUCUCCAAGUGGAACCUUCGGAUUACAUAUUCCUACAAAAACCAAAAUUGUCGAGAAGACCCCGUCAGCAGUUGUGAUCCCACCAGCUUCACCAAAUCCACCAAAAUAUCAUCGGACCCGUUCGGAGAUUUCGGCUCUUGAGAAACUACCAGAUCCGUUUGCCGGACCCGGUGCCUGUCACACUGCUUCCGAGUUGAAGAUGAUCAAGAACAUUCCGGAUCCAUUUGAAAAAUCGCAAAGUCUGAUUCUCUGCCGUGAGACCAACGGAUUCCCAAAAUAUUUCACUCGAAGCGAAGUGGAGAGUCUUCAACAGAUGACUGAUCCAUUCAGCAAGUCGGAGAAGGAAUCUUCUGGAUUCAAGGCUCCCGGAUGCACAGCGCAUUAUCCUGGCUGGUCUAAGAACAUCAUCGAGCAGAACAAGGCAAUUGAGCGUCAGAAGCCCAAAUUCACACCAUCCGAAGCACAAAUGGUCAAGAAUAUGCCAGAUCCUUUUGUAAAAGGUGGACCAGUAAUUUUGAGUCCAGCAACCGGUGGACAAAUCUCAAGUGCUCGAUUUGUUCCAAGUGUCAAAAAUGGAGGAGCCAACCAAAGUUUCUCGGGGCACUCUCUCAACAAUAAUAACUACGUUCAGAAGAAUCAAGAGCCCAGAGCAACUGAAAUCCCUCCAACUGUCAUAAUCUCUGCUGCCUCCCUAAGCACCCCUAGUGCCAGAUCGGUGACAAAUCCAAAAAUGACUGGUGUCAAAAAAACGGAUUCGGAGAUUUUGGAGAUUCAAGCAUUGCCAAGUUUCCACUCAUCAUCAUUCCAUACUGCCCCAACUAGUCAGAAGAAGGAAAAUGGGAAAUCGCUGAAAUCUUCAAAGUCACAAAAGUCGCAAAAAUCGGAGAAGAAAAUUCCAAGAUCACAAUAUUUGUACCCGAGCUAG